AUGUGCACAGACUCUUCUCACUCCUUCAGGCUGCCUGACUGCGGCCCUCAAGACGCGUCUCCCAAAAAGCAAGACGCUCUGUCAGAGAACGACCUUCAGACUGCUCAGUGGGCGUGGGCGCACCCGUUUUGUAUGGCCUGUCGCACAGGCAGAAAAGAAGUCGAGCUUCCAUGCCUCGGCGGGUGUGAACCCAACCUCAGUCAGGGAGACGGAGGAGAGACGAGUGGAGGAGAAGGCGGAAGAGGAGGACGAGAAGGUAGCUGGUGCACACCAUGAAAGGACUGGUGCACACCAUGAAAAGACUGUUUAAACAAGCGCACGAUAUCCCACUGGCAUGCAUGCUCUGCCAUUGUGUUAAUGAACUCUGAACCGCCUCGCUGCAAACUGUGCAAUUACGGAAAAAUACAAAUUCGCUUACGGGACUCUGUCAUGGGGCAAUGCCCUCGCUUACAAAGUCGUUCCGACAUCACAAUAUCCACACGAUACGCUACAUUGCAUGAUC